AUGGAUGGCUUUGGCCUUAGUUUCUCCAAUCAUUGGUUCCCCUCAGACAAGACCUCACGCAGGACCACUAGAGCCAGACGUCUACAGGGGCAGAGGGAGGACCCUCCCCAGGAUCCCUCCCAGGAUCUCUCCCAGGAGCCCCACCUAGACUCUCCCCAGGACCCCCUCCCCACCCAUACCCAGGAGGAGCCCCCACCUAGACCCUCCCCAAGAACCCCCCCCCAGGAGCCCCCUACCCCCCAGGAGGCCCCUAGACCCCCCAGGAGCCCCACCCCCAGGACCCCAGGAGGCCCCUCCAGGAGCCCCCCCAGGACCCCCCAGGAGGCCCCUAGACCCUCCCCAGGACCUCCCCAGGAGAGCCCCUACCCCCCAGGAGCCCCCCUAGACCCCCCCAGAGCCCCAGGAGCCCCCAGGAGCCCCCAGGAGGCCCCUAGGCCCAGGGCCCCCAGGAGCACCCCCAGGAGCCCCAGGGCCCCCCAGGAGCCCCCAGGAGCCCCCAGGAGCCUCCCAGGAGCCCCCCAGGAGCCCCCCCCAGGAGCCCCCAGGAGCCCCAGGAGCCCCAGGAGCCCCAGGAGCCCCCAGGAGCCCCCCAGGAGCCCCCAGGAGCCCCCAGGAGCCCCAGGAGCCCCAGGAGCCCCAGGAGCCCCCAGGAGCCCCCCAGGAGCCCCCAGGAGCCUCAGGAGCCCCAGGAGCCCAGGGAGCCUCAGGAGCCCCAGGGCCCCAGGAGCCUCAGGAGCCCCCCAGGAGCCCCAGGAGCCCUCAGGAGCCCAGGAGCCCCCAGGAGCCCCCAGGAGCCCCCAGGAGCCUUCCCCAGGGAGCCCUCAGGAGCCCCAGGAGCCCCAGGAGCCUCAGGAGCCCCCAGGAGCCCUCAGGAGCCCCCAGGAGCGCCCCCCCAGGAGCCCCCCAUACUGA